AUGGCUGACUCUCUCUCCGCGCUCCUCGUCCUGGCCUCCACCCUCGCCGGUGUCGAUGCCGCCGGCGCAGGAAACAGUAGCGAUGGCAAGGUCACGCCCCAGGCCGGCGUGCUCGAGGGCGCCAACCCCAUCAAGUACAGCGCCUCAAACCCCAUCACCCUCUUCAUCAUCCAGGCCAUGAUCAUCAUCAUCUUCUGCCGCCUCCUCCACUACCCCCUGUCCUACUUUGGCCAGCCCCGCGUCAUCGCGGAGGUCAUCGGCGGCAUCCUGCUGGGGCCCUCGGUCAUGAUGCGCAUCCCCGGCUUCAAGGCCAACAUCUUCCCCACAGAGUCCAUGCCAGUCCUCAACAACGUCGCCAACCUCGGCCUGAUCAUCUUCCUCUUCCUCGUCGCCCUCGAGGUCGACGUCCGACUGUUCACAAGCAACUGGCGCGUCGCCCUGUCAGUCGGCCUCGCAGGCAUGAUCCUGCCCUUCGGCCUGGGCUGCGCCAUCGCCUGGGGCCUCUACCACCAGUUCCGCGACGAGGCCGACACAGUCGCCAUAAACUUCGGCGUCUUCGCCCUGUUCAUCGGCACCGCCCUGGCCAUCACGGCCUUCCCCGUCCUCUGCCGCAUCCUGACCGAGCUCAAGCUGCUGCGCUCAUCCGUCGGCGUCACCGUCCUCGCCGCCGGAAUCGGUAACGAUGUCACUGGUUGGAUCCUGCUGGCCCUGUGCGUCGCCCUCGUCAACAACGCCAACGGCCUGGCUGCCCUCUACGCCCUGCUCUGCACCAUCGGCUGGGCCCUCUUCCUGUGCUUCGCCGUCCGUCCCGGCUUCAUGUGGUGCCUUAGGAAGACCGGCAGCCUCCAGAACGGCCCUACCCAGGGCAUGGUCUCGCUGACCCUGCUAAUUGUUCUGUUUUCGUCCUGGUUCACUGGCAUCAUCGGUGUGCACCCCAUCUUCGGUGCCUUCCUCGCUGGUCUGAUCUGUCCCCACGAGGGAGGCUUUGCUAUAAAGCUGACCGAAAAAAUCGAGGAUCUGAUUUCCGUGCUCUUCCUGCCCUUGUACUUUGCGCUGUCGGGCCUCAGUACUGAUCUUGGUCUGCUCGACAAUGGCAUCACCUGGGCCUAUGUGAUCGGUGUCAUUGCCAUUGCCUUCUCUGGUAAGAUCGUUGGAGGCACCCUGGCAGCAAGACUGAACAAGCUCGAGUGGCGCGAGAGUUGGACCAUCGGUGUCCUCAUGAGCUGCAAGGGUCUCGUGGAGCUCAUCGUGCUUAACAUUGGGCUGCAGGCUAGGAUCCUCUCCCGGCGUACUUUCACUAUUUUCGUCGUCAUGGCUGUUGUAACGACCGUGGCCACCACGCCAUUGGUCAAGUGGCUUUACCCGCCGUGGUACCAAGACAAGAUGGAGAAAUAUCGGCGCGGAGAGACCGACAAGGACGGUAACCCCAUCUCGUCCACCUCCAGUGGGGAUGAACCUGGGGCGCAGCAGCUCAACACGGCGCAGAUCCGCCGCCUGCUCGUCUACCUGCGGCUUGAUAGUCUCCCCAGCCUCUUCACCUUCAUCGCCCUACUGGGAGGCGACAAGGUGGUGAAGAGGCCAAUCACGGAGGACGAGGAGGGGCCCUCUGAGAAGGGCGAGGCCCAGGUCAGCUCCCAGCCAGCCGCAAAGCGGCCCUUGGAGGUCCAUGGGCUGCGCAUCCUGGCGCUCACGGAGCGGACGUCGUCGGUGAUGCAGGUCACGGAGGGUGGUGAAUAUUACUCCGAGAUCGACCCGGUCGUGAACGCCUUCCGCACCUUCUCGCGGCUGAACGACGUGGCCGUGUCCGGCAAGGUUGCCAUUGUGCCUGAGGCUUCCUACUCCGAGACCCUCAUGAAGCAGGCCUCGGACGUCUCGUCAGACUUCGUGCUUGUGCCAUGGAGCGAGUACGGCAGCAUUACCGAGGACACGUCGGUGCCCUUCGUCACAUCCGCGCAGGACCGCUACAAUGGCCGCGGUCACCUGGACUUCAUCAACAAGACCCUCGAGAAGCCCGUGUGCAACAUUGGCAUCUUCAUCAACCAGAACUUCGGCGGCAUGGGCCCGGCGGAGCGGCCCAUGCCCAACCUCACAAAGUCAAAAAGCGCCAUGUCAAUACACAGCCAGCGCGACGCUGCCACCCUGCCCGUCAAGGACAAGAGCCACCAGGUCUUCUUCCCCUUCUUCGGCGGCGUGGACGACCGGGUCGCCCUGCGCUUCGCGCUGCAGCUCGCAAAGAGCCCGCACGUGACCCUCACCAUCGCCCACUUCAGCUGGGCGGCCUACGACUCGGGCGACGAGGUUGAGGUACCCUCCACGGCCGCCGGCGGGACCAAGGAUGCCGUCAAGGUCGUGGAGGAGGCGUCGCCCCAGGAUCUCGCGUUGCUCUCCUCGCUGCGGUCCAUGCUGCCCAAGGAACUGGCCGGGCGCGUGACCCUCGCCGAGGUCAAUGUCACCAAAGGGACCGCGGUGGCCGAGGCCGUAUCCAAGGCCAGGUCCACCGUCGGCAACAUGCCCAAGAACGCCGGCGACAUCGUCGUCGUCGGCCGCUCGCACCCUGAGCUGGGCGACAGCCAGGUCGAGCUUGGCGCGCUCGACCUGAGGAAGACGGUCGGCAGCGUUGCCGAGCAGCUUGUCAACGGCGGCGUAAAGGCUAGCGUGCUUGUCAUCAAGGCCGGCGGCGCGGGCCUUCAGUGGUAG